GAUUUACGGUAUAAAAAGACACAGCGACAGAGACGGUUUCUCACCGGAGAGGAACAGUAAUUACAGGGGGCAGGGGGAAAGUUUGACAACCUUGCUCUUGGCUGGUCUCAAGUCUGCAUUCUGCUACACUUACUUCUCUGCAGAGGGCAGUUGUAUGCACCCAAAGUUACACCGUGGCGCAAGUGAGGAUCCACCCAAAUUUACUUUCCAAGUCAUUAAUGAGAGUUUGUAACAACAACCGGUUGGGGAAGAGGACCGACGGCCAAAAUGUGCAGGAAAAGGUGAACUUUCAAGAUUCAAGAGUGGACGCGCCACCCGCGAACCGGAAAAUGGGCAUGCUAAGCGUGGACCUGUUGGUGACUUUGCAGAUUCUGCCGGGGUUCUUUUCAAACUGUCUGUUCUUCGUCCUCUACGACUCGGUGGUGCUGGUGAAACGCGUGGUAUCACUGCUGAGUUUUUCGGGGUCGGCGCCCGUAGGCGAGUGGCAGCGCAUGUUAACCUCAGCCGGCGUGCGCUCCAUAUGGAACAGUUUUCUCUUGGAUGCCUACAAACAGGUCAAGCUCGGCAGCGAGGCGCCCAACUCCAAGGUCGUGAAGGUCAACGGUCUGAGCAGCCGAUGCCGCAGCCCCGCCCGCGACCCCGAGGACGAGUGCCGCCUCCUGGACUUCGAGUCGUCCGACCGCCCGUUGGUGGUCAACUUCGGCUCCGCCACCUGACCCCCCUUCAUUAGCCAACUGCCCCUUUUCCGGCGGUUGGUCGAGGAGUUCUCCGACGUGGCCGACUUCCUCCUGGUCUACAUCGACGAGGCGCACCCCUCCGAUGGCUGGGCCGCCCCCCCCAUGUCCCCCUGCUCCUUCGAAGUCAGGAAGCACCGCAGCCUGGAGGAACGCGUCCUGGCUGCCAAGCAGCUCCUGGACCAGUUCUCCCUGCCCCCGCAGUGCCAGCUCGUAGCCGACUGCAUGGACAACAACGCCAACGUGGCCUACGGCGUCUCUUACGAAAGGGUGUGCAUCGUCCAGAAGAAAAAAAUAGCCUACCUGGGAGGAAAGGGUCCCUUUUUCUACAACCUGAAAGAAGUCAGGCACUGGCUUGAACAAAGUUACAGGGAGUGAUAAUUUCCAGCCAAGAGAGAGAGAGAGAGAGAGCGAGAGAGAGAGAGUGAGAGUGAAAGAGAGCGUGAAAGAGAGAGUUGCAGAUCUCCUUCCUUAAAAAGAGAGAGUAAUUUAUUUUUGUACAGCGGUGAAAACAAGGAAGGUGUACUGCGCUCAGAACUGCCACUGCCACGGCCACGGCCACGUGUCCCUACCACGUGUAACGUAACAUCCUGCAACCACCAACAGUUCAUCAGAGGAAAACAGACACUCUCCACGACCUUCGAAUGACAUGGAUUGUGUUGUUAACGGACAAAGUCCAGGCUGGACAUAGCAAACUCAAAGCGUAUUCCUAAUGCACUAUCGAUAACUAUACAACAUAACAUUCACUAUUAAUGUCUUUCAAAAAAUAUUUCCAGUCAAAAUCUCAACGCUACAGAAUGCCACACAAAUUACCCUUUGAAAAGAAAAACCAAAUUGCUGAACAGAGAAAAAGCACAACUACCCAGCUUUUAUACAAAAAAGAGAGAAAUUAAUUUAUUUUAUUGAGUUGUAAUGUUUGUCGUUUUUACUCCAUUGUAAUAUAUGCCCAAUUUGUAUGUGUAUGCACUUGCAAAGCUUUUGUUGAAGGUGACAAUCUGUUAGGUAUAUUUUGCGUUCAGAUGUACUCGUGCGGAUGUCCCAGCUUUGAUGACUGUAACUCCAGUACUCUUUUCCAUUGUCUCUUGCCAGCUCAUACUAGUAUAAUCACCAGACACACCAUGCCUGAUUCAUCCAAUCUAAACCAUGCUUAAAGCGCUAGAUCCAACAGGAGACAUUUAUCUAUCUCACUGGCAGAAAACUUGCUUCACUCACUCACUCAUUCAUUCAUUCAGUUAUUUAGUUAUUUAGUUAUUCAGUUAUUCGUUCUUUCAUUCAUACAUUUAUUCAAUCAUUCAUUCAUUCAUUCAUUUGUUCAUUCAUUCAUUCAUGUAUUCAUUCUUUUGAUCAUAGUUUCGUUUAAAGGCUAGGUAGCUGCAAUGCAUAGCUGCUGUAAUCCAGAGAGGAUGGUGGUCAGCGUUGGUGAUGAAUGGGUGAUGUGCAUGAACAUGGGUCGUUGGAAAGGGAAAAGCUUGUUUAUGAAUCUCGGACACACGGACAUAUCCUUGGAAGUUCGGAGUAGUCUGGUGAAGUUGGAACACUGCAUAUAGGAUGCAGGAGAUUUGGAAUUGACUUGUACCAGGAGGUUUGACGAAAAGAGAGUGUAUGAGUAAGUCACGUGAUUGGCUUUAACUGUCCAAAAAAUCACUUCCAUGGUCAUACGUCCAUCUGACAGAAUGCAGAGACUGGUUUGGUGUCAAGACGGACUUGAUGUACGAAUGAAAAUCAUUGACGAAAGGGUUUUUCCAGCCCUGUCUCUGGUUGGAUGAAAAGUGACAUCGGUCUGACUCGACGCCAAACCACACGCCUGUUAACGAGUUCAUACCACUGCCAUCAUCUCCAUCUCCACCGUAGGGGCAGGUGCAUUCCAAAUGUUUCUCCUUGUUUUUCUCCCAUGUCCAUGUAGUGCUGCUUUUUACAACUGAGAAAAAAAAACAAACUGAGGAGAGGGGAAAAACAAAAUAAAGUGGAUACUGUGCUGCUGAA